CGUUGGAGGCUGAAGCUUCGACUGGGGCAGAUUGUAAGGAGAAACUUUGAUUUGUUUCUCUGGACCAGGAUGAAGUUUUGUGACAAAAAGUCGGCGAUGAUGGGAAUCACAGAAAACAUCGAAAUGAGGCUUUUCUCUUCAGAAGAAGAAACUGUGAUCAUGAUGAUGCAGGAAAAAGAAGAGAACAAACAAACCUCUGAACAGGCCCAGAGGUUCCGGUACCAGGAGCAUCCUCUGGCCCCUGACCUGGAGGAAGAGGACGAGGAUGAAGACCUGCUAGUUGAGAUCCAAACCAAACAACCAGCAGAACCAAAAGCUAAACCUCCCGUCAUCAAGAAGACGUCUUACUGUUCACGCAUAAUCAGCGUAGCAGACGACGCACACAUCGAGAUGAAGUCUUUGCCGCCCAUCAGGUUUUCUGACAUUGAGCUGGUCGAGAUAAAAUCUGGCAACUCUGACCACGCCGCCCUGUCAUCAAACAAAACUCGUCACCUGAAAUGGAAGAAACUGAGUCCGCAGAAGAGCAGACACGUGGUUAGAGAUGUGAUCUGUCUGCCAAAGGAAAAACACCUGGAGCAGCUGGACGGUAUACAAAUGAUUCGCCGACAAGCGGCUCUGGCGGCUCGCAUCACCAUCGACUCCAGCUGGUCAGCCAAUCAGAUGCAGAGUCGCCUGACGUCGCUUUUUCAACCGCAGCUUGGAAAGAAACCAGGACAGAAGUUUUCCUUCACAUACCUGCAGAGUGUGCGGAGCUCCAAAGUGCUGUUUGUCCCUGAUUGCCCUGCAGAGGGCUGGACUGGAGAGCAAGUUCUCCGGAUCAGUGAACACGGUGCUUUGUACAUAUUUAGUGACCUCAGCUAUGAACAGGCGCAAUAUGAAAGCAAAGCAUCCGCCUUAAAAAGGAAGGAUUCAGGGUCAAAGGUCAGCAGGAAGAGUCCCGACCGGCCUCCAGAGAGGCUCACCCUGGACCUGGACACCAUUCUGAGCUCAUUCAGAGUAGAAAACACAAACGCAGAAACUGUGAUGAGGGUGAGCAGAGGAGACGUCCUUCCUGCUGCGCUGAAGGAAAUCAGGAAACCAGGAUUCUGCUUCAGGUCCAGACCGCUGGUUUCCUUCAGGCAAGAGGAGACGCUCCGCCAGGACGACGCUCUGGGAGAGUUCUUUAGGCUGACCCUCCUGGAGCUGCAGCAGAGCUGUGUGUUUGAGGGUCAUCCAGAGCGUCUGUUUUUCACCUAUGACCUCACAGCACUGGACCACAGGCUGUAUUACGAAGCGGGCGUUCUGAUUGGCUGGUCGCUGGCUCAUGGAGGACCUGGACCGUGUUGUCUGCAUCCCGCCCUCUACCAGCUGAUGUGUUUCCAAAGUGCAUCUUUGGAGGAUUUUAACUGCAGCGACGUCGCUGAUGCUGAAGCUCGACUUCGACUGCAUGAGCUGCAGAGCUGCAGCGACGUGAAGCUUCUCCCUCCCAGCCUGUGCGACUGGCUGUCCGGCUGCGGGAUCCAUCCGGCCGGGUCCGAAGAGAUUCCCGCCGUCUACGCCCGCUUGGUAAAACACUGCAUCUACCACAGGGUGGCCAGUAUGAUCUCCCAGUUCCUGGAGGGCUUGAACAGCUGUGGGGGGCUGUGGGAUCUGGUGAAGUCGCACUGGGAAACGUUUCUGCCAGUGAUGACCAGACCGGAGCGGCGGGCGCCGAGCCUGGAGGUCUUCAGACGCCUCUUCACGUUUUGCUUCAGCGAUCCGGACUCUGAGCUGAGAGGCGCCGAGGAAACCACAGCGGCUCAGUGGGAAACCGUCCUCAGUAUGGUCAGCGAUGGAGAAACGUGUUUUUCCUUUGAAGACCUCCUCCUCUUCAUCACAGGAACCGAUCAUCUUCCUCCGCUUGGUUUCCCCAAAUUCAUCUCUCUGCGUUUUUACUCACAGGACUCGACGUCGUCCGACCCGAUUCUCCCUCACACUUCUCCAGAUUCUCUGGAGCUGUUUCUGCCCAGAGGGGUCACCGAAGCUUUGGACCUGCUGGUGCUGCUGAACAGAACCUUACACAGAACUCUGGAUCCAAGCAUGCCGGCGGAGAUAUAAUCUCUCUUCAAAUUAUGACAUUAUGAAAGGAAGCAAACUAUAAUCGAAUGUGAUUUUAUCAAUAAAUUGUUGACGGUUUCCUGCUGUUUUUCUGUCUGUUUGGAUUAUUUUGUGU